AUGGCAUGCAACAGGUUCCUGGCGUGCGCGCGCAUCAAGAUCUACUGGAUGGCGCCGGAGUGGGGUUCCAGCGCAGCCGACCUGCCGCACGAGACGCAGUUCCUGCUGCUGCAGCUGUCUCCCAACGGACCCUACGCCGUCCUCCUGCCCCUCAUUGACUCUGCCAAAUUCCGCGCCACUCUCAGGCCCCCGCGGAAGGGCAAGGAUAACAGCAAGGACGUGCGGCUGAGGACAGAGAGCGGCGAUGAGAGCGUAGCGGCCAGCCAGUGGGCGAGCGCGCUGCUGGUGGCGGCAGGCACAGAUCCCUAUGAUCUGGUGGACUCGGCCGUGGCAGCUGCCGCGCAGCUGUCGGGCGGGGCCAAGCCGCGCCUGUCCAAGCAGCUGCCGGACUUUGUGGGGUCCUUUGGCUGGUGCACCUGGGACGCUUUCUACAGCCAGGUUUCUGCACAGGGCAUCGACGAAGGGCUGCAGGCCCUGAAGGAGGGCGGCGUGCCUCCCAAGCUACUCAUAGUGGACGACGGCUGGCAGUCCACAGAUCUGGACCCUGCCCUGCGGCCUCCUUCCUCAGAUGCAGAGCUGCUGCAGAGCGAGCAUGAGACGUCGGACCAUGUGAAGCGGCUUAGCAGCGUUGCGGCCAACGGCAAGUUCUCGGCCGUGGAUGCCGGCAUGGAUGCGCCCCUGGCGCGCCCUGAAGCCAUGGCCUCCGUCAUUGCCAACCUGCGGGAGCGGUUCGGGCUGGAGCACAUAUUUUGUUGGCACUCUCUGUACGGCUACUGGGCCGGCAUAGCACCCGACACACCGCACAUGGCCGCGUAUGACGCGCAGCUCGUCUGGCCACAACCCACCCAGGGUGUGUUGGACGUCGACCCCUGCUUUGCAUGGAACUGCCAGGUUGUGGCGGGGGUGGGCGUUGCGCGCGACAUCCGCCACCUGUACCAUGACAUGCACUCCUACCUGGCUGGCGCUGGCGUGGAUGGCGUGAAGGUGGACUGUCAGUCGACGCUGGACAUGAUCGGCAGCAGCCUGGGGGGAGGCCCCGCGCUGGCGGCAGGCUACCAUGCAGCGCUGGAGGACUCUGUCGCCGAGCACUUCCCCGGCAACGCCUGCAUCAACUGCAUGUGCCACUCCACCAGCGACCUCUACAGGAUGACAGACACAGCGCUGGCGAGGUCGUCAGACGACUUCUGGCCGCGCGACCCGGCAUCGCACACCACGCACGUGGCAGUCAACGCGCUGAAUUCGCUGUUCAUGUCGCCCCUGGUGCAGCCGGACUGGGACAUGUUCCACUCGCAGCACCCCGCCGCCCUCAUGCAUGCGCGCGCCCGCGUGGUGAGCGGGGGCCCAGUGUAUGUGAGCGACCGGCCGGGCAAGCACGACUUUGAGCUGCUGAAGCGCGUGGUGCUUCCGGACGGCAGUGUUCUGCUGGCUGCCCAGCCCGGACGCCCCACCGCUGACUGCCUCUUUGCUGACGUCAUGCGCGACAGCCGCACCCUGCUCAAGGCACGAUGCGCUCUCUCACCCUGCUCAUGUUUGUGGAAUGAGCAGGUGUGGACCACAAACAGCAGCGGCAGCGGCGUCAUCGGCAUCUUCAACACCCAGGGUUCCCAUUGGAGCCGCCUGCGGCGCCAGUUUGUGACGCACAACAACGGCGCGCAGACACUCACGACGGAAGUGCGCCCGGCCGACAUUCCGGCCUUUGCAGCGGCGGCCGGCGGCUCAGAAAACGGCCGCUUUGUCAUGUACAGCGACGCGCAGAAGGCUGUGUGGGUGGUCGACGCCGCAGGCAACGCCUCUGUGCAGCUGUCGCGCGGCGAGAGUGACCUCAUCACCGUCGUGCCCCUGACUGAGGUCAAGGGGCUCUGCAUCGCUCCCAUUGGGCUGACGGACAUGCUCAACACCGGCGCGACCGUGCAGCGCUUCAGCUGCAGUGCGGCAGGAAACAACGGAACCAGUGGCGCGAGUGCGACGGCGUCCCUGUGCGGCUGCGGCCGCCUGCUGCUGUACAGCACAGCCGCCCCCGCGGCCUGCACCGUCGACGGCGCACCUGUCGAGUUCGAAUUCGAACCGGAGCAGCGCACUGUGUCGCUGAUGGUGCCUAGGACCGACAGCCUGGAGUGUACGGUCAGCCUUGAAUUUUCACUGGCCGCCUGA